CUCUAUCGUUUUGAUACAGAGACAAGAUUCUAAUCUAUCAUAUCAACUAUGUCUUCACCUUUCGGACAAGGUAAAUGGUCAACCAAAAAGGAUGUGAAUCAAUUGUGAACAUAAAGACGAGUGAGAAAAAAAAAAGAAAAUUGAAACUUACCUUUUCUCUUGAAAUGUGAUUCAUCUUUAAUCCAUGUCACUUUGUGUAUUCUUAUUCUCUCUCUCUCAUUAUCCCUUUUGUUUCUUGUUAAUCCUGAUGAUUACAUUUAUGGUCAAUUAAUCAAGAGAGACAAUUACACUUUCUAAUAGAAUUUUAUAUUUAUAAACUGUCAACUCGGAUCAUCUUUAUUGUUUAAUUAGUUUGUUAAGGUUAAGUUAAUUUGAAUAAGUGUCUCCUUGUGUCAAUCCUUGUUACACUUUUUGUCAUUUUCUUUUCUCUUUUCAAGUCAAUCAUCAACAUUGAAUUAAUUGAGAAAAACAUUCAUCAACAAAAUGAAUUUGUAUCAACAUUUUCUCUCUUUCAAAAUGUUGACAAUAAGUGACAUUGUUUUUCUAUUCUAAUUAAGUUGUUCUCCAAUUUGAACAUUUAUCUCGAUAAGUUAAUUCUAAAAUUCAUCAUGAUGAUGAUAGUGUUUAAAUCAUUCCAUCAAUUUUUAUGAGAAUUUAUAUAAAAAAAGUGUUGUGUUGACAAAGAAAAUUGAAUUUUCUCCAUUACUUUUCUUCCCAUGGAUCUUUCCACCCAACGGGUUGUUGACAGUUUUCCUGUUCCAUAUAAUUUAUCAUGUUCACCUUAUUCUAGUUUAACCUUUGACCGUGAAAUCCGUGACUAUUGUGAUCAAAAUGUUAACCUGACAACCUCUGACCCUUUCUCAAAAUGUUCAAAGGUAAUUCUGGUUGGUGACAUGGCAGUUGGAAAAACUUGUCUUCUUAAUCGUUUCACCUAUGACACCUUUGGACUUGACCACAAAGCGACCAUUGGAGUAGAUUUUGCCAUAAUUAAAUUUAAAAUUCUCCAAUUUCCAUUUCAACUUCAGGUUUGGGAUACUGCUGGUCAAGAAAGAUUCCAAUCGAUUGCUGAAAAUUAUUAUCGAAAUGCUCAUGCAGCCAUAAUCUGUUUCGAUCUUUCCAAUAUAUCAACUUUAUCGAAUGUAACUACUUGGGCAACUCGUAUUAUCGCAGGUAACAAAGGUAAUAAAAUUCCGUUGAUUUUUCUUGUUGGAACCAAAAUGGAUUGUUUAACUGAUUCGGUGGUACAAUUUGUCGAAACGGAAGCAAUUAAAGUGGCCACCUCCCUAUCAGCUGAAUAUUGGAGUGUCUCAAGUCAAUCGGGUUAUAAUGUGGAAAAUUUUUUUAAACGAGUCGCUGCUCUUUCAUUCAGUGAAAUUAUUUUGAAUACAAUUGAAAGAAUCAAAGAGGAAAAGGAAACCCAAGCCGUUCAAUAUUCAGCUAAUUUUGUUAAGCUUAGCAAGAAGAAAAAUUUUGCUCUAAUCAAAGCUUGUAUGGUAACUAAAUGUGUUUACAAAAAGUAAUUUAUGAUUAACAAAAAGAAAACACCAAGCAAU